AUGUUCUGGAGCUGCAACGCCCAGCGGUGCUCGGCGAAGGAGGUCUGCGAGUCCAACUGCACGGCCACCGAGUUGAACUUCCUGGCGCCGGUGUCGCAGAGCAAAGGCCCCUCAGAGGAGGCACAGAUCCCAGAGCUGCGCCCAGAGUUUUUCUAUGAGAACGGGGAGCGGUAUGCUGGGGAGUGGCUGGGCAAUGAACGCCACGGCCGGGGUGUGCAGACCUGGCCGAACGGCGCCAGGUAUGAGGGCCAAUUCGAGCACAACCGCGCCAGCGGGCAGGGCAUCUUCCAGUUCCCCAACGGGGGCAUCUACGAGGGGCAGUGGAGGUCCGACCGAGCCCACGGCCACGGCAGCUACAGACAUUUCGACCAGGCCAGCUACGAUGGCCAGUGGCGAAAUGAUAAGCAGCACGGAGAGGGGGUGGAGCUGUGGCCGGACGGGGCACGCUUUGAAGGCCAACAUCGGGAAGGUCAGAAGAGCGGCAAGGGGAAAUUGAGUUGGCCAGACGGCUCCAGCUAUGAGGGCAAUUUCGACAGCAACACGCUGCACGGGGAGGGCGUCUACCGCUGGUCGGAUGGGAAGGAGUACAGCGGCCAGUGGGCCAAGGACAGAAUGAGUGGAGCUGGCUGCUUCACUUGGCCAGAUGGCCGGGUUUACACCGGCCAGCCCUCAGCCGACUACAACGAGCUGCCCUGCACGCCCGGAGCCGCAGGGUAUGGCGGCCGGGGGGAAGGCCAGAAGGUCGUGGCCAGAGGCAGACCGCCUGGUGGGGCCAAAGCCUUAGAGCGCUGGGUUUGCCCUUUGGCCGACACCGCGCCAUUCAAAGAGACCACCUACGGUGUGCGGCUCAAGGCACGAUGGAUCACCACAUCGCAGUUGCCAGCCUUCACGGUGCAAAACCCCCCGGAGCCCGGGGCCGCGAGGUCCUGGCGGGUAGAGCUUUGGGAGGAAGAGGCGUCCAAGCCAGUUGCCGCCACUCGUGGUAUUCGAGGCAUGGAAGUGUCCGGGCCGAUGCAGGCGGCCUUGUCCCAAGAGAACCAGCUACUGGGCAGUAUCAACAACAUCCGCUUCGACAUCAUACCCUCGCAGCCCAUUGGCAACGUCCCAAAUACUCGGCUUCGCGUGCUGGCAGCGGCCACAGAGAUAUUUGCUGCUAUGGCCCCGCCCGGCUUCGUGAUCCUGAAGAGAUGCCCGGGCUCUGACUCCAACUCCUUCGAGCUGGUCUUCAGCGAGCCAGGCGCCAUUCAGGCAGGCACGCAGUACGCAUUCUCACUGGAGUUGCAGAACCCGGUGGACAAUAUCGCCGAUGAUGUGAAUGUUUGGUCUUUCGAUACCCUGCGACCAGACGGGGUGGCACGGGACACCGCGCGCUCCCAGGGCUUCUUCCUGUAUCCCUACGAGUUUUCGUCCUUUGUGGUGGUCCCGGUCAUGCGCAAGCCUGGGCCGCAAACCAUCAUCGUGCGCUUCAUUUCCCCACUGCUCAUCCCCUUUGACGACUACAUUCGGAUUCGUGCUCCUACAGGGGUGUCGUGGUACUCUGCGGAUCUUCAGUUCAGCACCGCGGGGGCGUUGACUCAAGCCAACCUGCUGGGCGCGAAAGACCCCACCGUGGAGUACGAGACGCCCAAUGAGCUGGUGGUGCAACUCACCAGCACGGCGGAAGCCAACUUUGAGUACGGCAUAGCUGCUCGCGCGGAAAUUCCCCACACAACGCCAGUGCCAAACGCGUGGUGGAUUGAGCAGUACCGAAGGACGGGGCUGCCGGCGCCCAACAGCUGGCGCUACAUCGCCUCGAAGGGCGCCAGCGGCUUCAAGACCCAGGCCCUGGUGAACACCCGGGCGCGGCGCCCAGACCCAGGGCAUGGGGGGUGGGGUGGGGGGGUCGGGUGGGGGGUUGCUUUGUGCUGGUGCUCAGCAGGGAACGAGGGCUGGGGGAUCUCUCCUUGA